AAUCCCGCUAUUUCCCUCCAUUUCUCUCAAUCAAACACUCGAUUCAAUUCAAUCCAAUUCUACAGAAGAACGUUGUAGCUCGCCGGAGAUGGGGAAUAUGAUAUUAAAGUCCAUUAUUUCGGAUCCGGCGCCGCCGCCGCCGAUGGUGCUGGUCCCGCCGCUCUUCGAUUUCCCCCCUCUCGCCGCCCGUACGAGAAUGGUGGAAUCGUCCUACAACAUGCUGUUCGGAAAGCUGGCCCUGAAAUGCCUCUUCGACGACUAUUUCGAAGAAGCGAGGCAUUUCAGCACGAGAAUUAUGCUCAAGCCGAUCGAUGACCCGCAUGUCGAUUUGAUUGCCACUGUUGAUGGUCCACUCAAUCAAAAGCCAGAUGAGAAACUUGGAGGAAGCGCACAGUUUCGUUGGCAAAGUGAUGUUCUCGAUCCUCACACAUUCGCUGAUAUCUCUGUUUCAAACUCAGAACCAACUCUAGUGGUGAGAUCCUGUGCAUACUAUCCCAAGUUUGGGUUUGGAGCAUUUGGCAUCUUCCCAAUUCUUUUAAAACAGAGAAAAUCUCCUGAAGAUUAUGGCAUCAUGGGUUUGAGAUAUGGCUCUUCUAAUCUGUCAGUUGGAGCUACAUUUGUCCCAUUUCCUGAAUCGUGUGAUGAACUCCCAAAAAACGCAUGGUUAGUAAGCAAGAUGGGAAGGUUGACGGCUGGAGUGCAAUACGAACCAGCAUUUGGAAGCAAAGAUGGAGCUAGAUACAAAAACUUAGCAAAUUGGAGUUGUGCAGUGGGUUACGGGCUAGGAUCAGACAGCCCAUUGAGCCCGUCAUUCAACUUUGGACUUGAACUUGCUAAAAAUUCUCAGUUCAUUGCUUCUUUCUACCAGCAUGUGGUAGUCCAAAGACGGGUUAAGAAUCCAUUCGAGCCUAAAGAAGUAGUUGGAAUCACAAACUACAUUGACUUUGGUUUUGAGUUGCUGACAAGAGUCGAUGAUACCCAACAAGCGAAUAAUAUUGACGAUUCCAGUUUCCAGAUUGGUGCAUCUUGGCAAGCUAAUAAGAACUUUUUAAUAAAGGGUAAGGUGGGACCUCUGAGCUCCUCGAUAGCCUUGGCUUUUAAGUCAUGGUGGAAACCUUCUUUCACAUUAAGCGUCUCAGCUGUUAGAGAUCGUUCAAAGAGGGAGACAGCUCUUGGUCUCGGUAUCCAAGUCGAAAAUAUUCGGGAAGGAAUUUAUCAGAGGGCUGAUCCCAAUUUUGUGAUGCUGACGCCAAGCAAGGAGCAUCUUGCUGAAGGGAUUCAGUGGAAAAUUGGGGAGAGGCCGCUAUUUGAAUCAGAUGUUACUGCUGGCAAUUUUAAUGGCGUGCCGAAGGAAUUGAGACCCUUGAACAAAAUGUUGUGAUCGUGGCAAGCCUCUCUCUCUCUCUCAAUACAAUAGGAAUUUAAUACUUGUUAGAAUAGAGAUUAUAUUUAUUGUCUUAUUCUUUUAAUUAGGGAACCUUCUUAAAUAUGUCAGUCCCUUUCCCCCUGCUUUUAUACCCAGAAAAUAGGAAAUGUCACUCCAUAUUUAGGGACUUUCAACUGCUUUGUCUCAAUGGUGGAAUCUAACAAGUUGUUUUGCU